AUGCCAAAAUAUUUUUGUCCUUUUUGUGAUAUUUCAUUGCCGAAUUCAUUAUAUCGUCUGAGAAAGACACAUAUAAACGGAAAGAAACACAAAUUAAUGAGACGAGCCUACUACUUGGAGCUGUUAGAAAACAAAGAUGUACGAAAAGAACUUUUUAAUAAGAUUGAUAAGUCUUUAAUGGUUAAACGGGCAUUUAUAAUGCCUAAGCUAAAGAAAAUACCUGUUGUGCCAGAAAUUCCUAGAAACAUAAACGUUUUCAGACUACCGGAAGAUUUUAAUUUUGAGGACCGAAGAAAUUAUGGUGUGAAAUUGGAUGAAAUAAGAACAAUUUUAGACGGUAACUAUCAUUGA